GGGGGUUUGAAAACAUAAAACAGUUAACCCCUGGUAUACGAUAUGAGCUCUUGUCUCUGCACUGCUGCCUGCAGUCCUCCUGUAGUGUCUCAGCUUCUUCACUUUCACAUCCAGGGGCAGACUGACAACUCAUGGGGCCCCAGGGCAAUAGGGAAUCAUGGGGCCCCUGUGUCCUUGCCCAAACUCAAAAAAGCCUAUGAUAAAGGUACCAGGGGCAUCUCAUGGGGCCCCCUACUGACCCCGGGCCCUCGGGCAGUGCCAGAGUUUCCAAAUGGUCAGUCUGCCCCUGAGCACAUACCUUGUUCUAUUCUUACAAUGCAAUGUCCAGUACUUAACCACUUCAAUACAGGGCACUUAUACCCCUUCCUGCCCAGGCCAAUUUUCAGCUUU